CUCAGUGAUUCUAAACAGUGGCUCAUAGAGCAGGUCACGCGCACCCGACCACACACACGCAUACAACAAGCUACUGAGGAGAUGGCUCUGCGUUUUCUGUCCGUAACGAGAAGAUAUCCCGUCGAUUUGUGCAGGUUAAAACCAAGUGCAGUCAACAGGUCCGUCGCAGGCCUCUUCAGCACUGCAGCAGAACAUCGUAGUUCUGGUGAUGACUGCCAUGGUGACGAUGGAGAUGACAACCAAAGUCAAUCUGUGACAAAUGUCAGGUCCUUAAAGACGAGAGCUAGAAAACUGGAAGAGCAGGUUCACGACCUCACAGAGAGAUACAAACGAGCCAUAGCUGACUCGGACAAUGUCAGAAAAAGAACACAGAAAUUUGUUGAGGACGCCAAACUAUUCGGGAUUCAGAGUUUCUGCCGUGACAUUGUAGAGGUGGCAGACCUGUUGGAGAAGGUUGAGGAGGGAGAUGGAGUGCAGCAGCUGACACGCAUACAGGGACGGCUGCAGAACAUCUUCACCAAGCAUGGACUGAAGAAGAUGAGCCCUGUGGGAUCCACCUACGACCCAUAUCAGCAUGAAAUAGUCUGUCAUACUCCAGCAAAGGGAGUGGAGCCCGGCACCAUAGCUGUGGUGAAGCAAGAUGGUUACAUGCUGCAUGGACGGACCAUUCGCCAUGCACAUGUGGGUAUAGCUGUGAAGAUGCAGGAGCAGUGACGGUCCUCUCCUGCUUAGGUUUUUUUUUACACUCUCUCUGUUAGCAUGUACGAUACCAUUGUUCUUACAUCUCUAGACAACUACAUGUUUGACUUACUCUUUGAAGUAAUGUUUAUUUAUAUGUAUUUAUAAAUGUUUUUUUUUUCCUAACGUGUAAUCUACAGAUUAAUCAGGCUUUUUUUGUUUUGUUUUGUUUUGAACCCCUGCUUUACAGAAUGUUCAAUGCCCAUUUAAUGUUUGGAAAGAUACAUUAUUGUCUAUUGUGUGUUAGAGACAUGACAUUUGUAGUGUAAUAAGAUUCUGCACUUUACACCCUUGUCAUGGUGGUUUAUGUAAGUGAUUAGUAGUUUUGGAGCUUAAGGGAUAAAGCAGUAAUGACUUAUAUAAGAAAGUAACACUUUAUAAUAAGAUUCUAUAUGUUUAACACUAGUUAAUGAAGUAGGUAUCAUGAAUUAACAAUGAAUAGCCAUGUUUUCAGCAUUCAUCUUGAUUAAUGUUAAUUUAAGAAUAUACUGUUCAUUUUACUUCAUAUUAUUUUUAACGUUAAACUAAUGUUAAUGCAUAUAAUGUUAUUUUAACGUUACCAGAAAGUCUGUCUGUUGUGAAAUGUGCCAAGUAAGUGUUAUAGGCCACCAGCACCCAAAAUAAAUGCUAAAAGAUGUCUCUUUUUGAGGGGAGAAAUGCACAUAAGAUAUACAUGUAUCCAAAGUGGAAUUGAACAAUGUUAUUUGGGAGAUAAAAUGAACAUACAAAAAGUA